CUCUCUAGUCAGUUCCCCUUUCUGUAUCUGAAUUCUUCUUCAGUCCUCAGAUUAGUUCUCCUGUCUAAGGACACCUAGGAGGGCUGGGGAGCAGACCAGGCUCCUUUUACUUUUCUCCUUUUUCUUCUUCUUCUUUUUUUUUUUUUGUUUUUACCUUCUACUUUUUUCUUCAAGUUCCUGUGAUCUUCGGGAAUGCUACUCUGCUUGUGUGUGUGGUCCCUGAGCACGGCGGUGGAGAGGCACUGGUGACAUGUAUGUCGUCAAGACAUGUGCAACCUGCACCAUGGACUUGACAAUCCUUCUCUUCAUGACAAUCUUUGGACUCUCAGAUGCUGUUUCCAUGAAGAGGAAAGCUUAUUUCAAUGGGACUGCAUACCUGCCGUGCCCAUUUACAAAGGCUCAAAACAUAACUCUGAGUGAGCUGGUAGUAUUUUGGCAGGACCAGCAAAAGUUGGUCCUGUACGAGCACUACUUGGGUGCAGAGAAACUUGAUAGUGUGAAUGCCAAGUACCUGGGCCGCACGAGCUUUGACGGGGAUAACUGGACUCUGCGACUUCACCACGUUACGAUCAAGGACAUGGGCUCGUAUGAUUGCUUUAUACAAGGGAAACCACCCACAGGAUCAGUGAUCCUCCAGCAGACGUCAACAGAGCUAUCAGUGAUCGCCAACUUCAGUGAACCUGAAAUAUUACUGACUCAGAAUGUAACAAGAAAUUCUGGCACAAAUUUGACCUGUUCGUCUAAGCAAGGCUACCCAAAACCUAAGAAGAUGUAUUUUCUGAUAACGAAUUCAACCGAUGAGUAUGGUGAUGACAUGCAGAUAUCACAAGACAAUGUCACAGAACUGUUCAGUGUCUCCGUCAGCCUAUCUCAUCUGUUCCCGGAUGGUGUGGACAAUAUGACCAUUGUGUGUGUCCUGGAAAUGGAGUCAACGAAUAUUUCCUCCAAACCUGUCAUUUUAGUUUUGCCAGAGUUCCAUCCUAUUGGAAAGCAUCUGAUCGAAAUUUCAGCAGGCAUCAUUAUUGUGAUCCUCUUUCCUCUGCUGGUCUUCAUAGUGGCAAAAACAUGUUGCAAGAAGCCUGGCAGACCCAGAAACACAACCUGUACAUCGGAGCGGGAUAGUAGUGCUGACAGAAGAAGUUCAAUCAACCUGGAGGAACUUGAACCCCAAAUUGCAUCAGCAAAACCAAACGCAGAGUGAAGGCAGCGAGAAGCUGAGGAAGAGUUAAAAUCUGAUUGUCUGAAGCAAGAAGUCCAGAACUGUUCAUAAAUGGAAAAACAUCCCCAGAUGACUAGAAUGCUACACUCGAUUCAUUAAAGAACAAAACCCACAAUAGUGUCCAUAUUUUAUCCUGUUUCCUUUCCAAGUUUUUAGGCAACCUCUUUGAUUUCCCAGAAGACAAGAGAAUAUAAUUGUUAGGUUAGAUGAUGCUCUGAGAUUCCCUCAAGGUAAAAUAGUCCCUAUGAUGCCAGUUCUGUCCCCUACGCCAGGAGCAGACAUGUAUUUUGUCUUGCUUUGUUUAACUCAGUGCACACUCAUAGGCCAAGUGCACUGAAAUGGCUUCUUUCCCAGGAAUAACAUUUUGGAUCAAUCUCUUCUACUUUAGAUCAGAUUCCUUUCCUAAUUUUGCAUAGUGUGUUUUUUUAUAUGAAACUCAUUGUAGAAAUACUGGCUUUUAUCUGUCUUGUAUACUUGCAUAUACAAGUAUACUUGUAUACUUGCACCUGGACAACUACCUCUUCAGUCAGGAUGGGGGUGGUAUAUUUGAUGAUGUAAUUUGAUGUGUUUGUGCUGAGCUCAACUACAGUGAUCUAGAGAAAGACUCAGCACUUAAAAAGAACACUUACCCCGCCGUCAGGAUCGGUAAUGAAGACAAUGACCUAGGUGAUAUACAGGUAACAGCUGGGAAAUCGAGAAAUACAGAUAUGGAACCAUCCCUGUAUCCAGGAGCCACUCCAAUCUGGGCUGCCACUGAUCCUGGGAGAAUCCACCUGCCCAGCCAGCGAGUCACAAGCUUUAGCAGGCAGCUGUAACCUCCCCCACUAGCCAAGAAAAGCCUUUCGACUCACAACCAGCCUCCGCCAGGAAGCGGCUCUCUACGGCUUCCUCCCACCUGGGGAGCCAAACAAAAGGCCCUUUUUCGACUGUCACACCUCCUUGAAGUAACAGUCAGUGAGCCACCACCCUUCGAGCUACGAAAACGCCCACAGCUGAAAGGUUGCUGCCGCUUCUGAGUCGCUGGCGCCCGAGACUUACUGCAAUGUUGACGUUAUGUAAAAAUCAUGGCACCUAGAGACUUGCUUUCGGUUUUUUUGUUUUGUUUUGUUUUUUAAACGUAUAUAUACCUGAUUUCCUUAGUAAAAGACUGACUUUGAUCAGACAAAAUCCGAGUUGUCCCGUUCCUCUGGCAACCCCGAACCCCAUUUGUUUUUUUUUCACAGGCCCCUGCUUUUCCUCCAGGAGAAUCCAGUUCACGUGACCGCAGGCGUUUACGGGCCGCACUGAAGAAAGCAAGACCUACUAUACACCCUGAGUCUUAUUUUUCCUCUUGAGAAAAUGGGAUACUGGGGAUGGUCUGGAUAAGACAGCCAAACACUCAAAACAAGGGGGAAAUCAAUAGAAUCCAAACAACAAAUGUUUGUGGAAGGACUGAUCUGCCCAGUCCUUUGAAAAGUCAGGAAGCUGGAGAUAGACUGGUGUGUCUCAAUGGAUGUAGACAUCAGCCACCUUGGUGCUCAACAGGUGUGUUAUGAUCUCCGUGUUUCAAAUUCAUUUGGAUGUAGAGCUAGAAAGAGAGCAGUCACGUUGAUGAAAGGCUAGGACUCUUUCAGCUCAUGGCUUGUGUGGAAGGAGGGAAGGCAGAAGACUACCAUAGUCUGCAGAGACCCGAGAGGGCGUGGCUUGGCCCUUCAAAGAAGGAUAAAGAGCAACUGAUGCUGAAAGUACGAGGUGUGUUUAUAAAGGAUGGAGUAGUCACCACCCAGAUUUAGAGAGAACUUUGGCAGGGCUGAGCAGCAAAACAUCCAUCGUUCUUUCCAUUUUACAUAAAGGGCCCUGGAGGGCUGUAGACUGUUCUGCUAGCAGGGCCCACGCUCGUAAUGUUUCCAUGUAUACAUCUUGACCCAGCCUGUACAGAGGCUUGGCAUCUGGCUGGUUACUAACAUGUCCUGUACAGUUGUUCAAUAAAAUUUUCUUGAAUUUUUUUCAAAUACA